AAGGGAAUAUAAAAAUUUAAUGCCACGUGUCCAUCUUAUCAAAAGCUUCAGAAGUACAUUUAUUCUAUAACAUUUUGAAUAGUGAAAUCAUUGAUAACGACUCCGUCCGAUCAGAAACAAUUAAAAAAUGAUUCAGAAAUCAAAUCUAAAAAGGGAAAUAUUGCAUCAAUCCACUUAAAAACAGCGCGCCCAUGCACUAUAUCCUAUCGACAUUCUUAAUGUAAUUACAUGUUUUCACAUACAAUUAUGCAAAUUAUUCCGAUAAUAAAGAAAUAUUCUUAAAGAAACUUCUCAUUGCAUUUGAUAUUAGAUUGUUUUACGAUAGAGUUUCGAAAUUUGACUCGGAAAAGUACAAUAGAUUAUUAAACAGAUAUAAUGGUAUUCCCGGUAUAUAAAAAAGAUAAUUACAACCAAAUUUUAAUAUGAUACCAAGAAUGAAAGAGAAAAAAAGAAAAAAUGAUACGAUAUUAAGAUAAAUAGACAGCGAUUUGUUUUUCCUUACAUUAUUAGCAAAAAUGCACACGCAUAUUUUAGAUUGCAACAUGUGUUGUAUCAAAAAAGAAGUUCUUAAGAUUAUUCUCCGAGCGUUUUCCUAAUCCCUCUUUAUUUAUACAUAUAAUAGAGUGAGAAUGAAGACUGCGUGUUUUCGCAUAAAGUUUUGGUCAAUUCGAUCAUUGUUAUCUAUAUUUAUAUGUUUCGCUUUGCUUCGUUGUUUCCUUGAUGUACCAGGAAAGUCUUUAUUAUAUCGAAAACAAAUAACAAAAGGAGAUAAAUCUUAUCAAGAUUCCGAUGGAAGAAUAAUCAUGAAUGAAGUAAAAAAUAGUUUAAAAGGUCAACAAAAAAUGAACAACGACUUGUACAGUCAAUUCAAACAAGAUAAAUGUUCCCUCGGAUUAUCUGAAGUUUCAAAUCACUUCAAUCCCAUAACAACUGACUGGAGUACGUGGACGUAUCAAAAGAGACUUGUUUGUCCAAGUUUUGAUGUGAGAAACUAUCGUUUCACGAACCAACCUCCAGUAAUAUACAUCAAAUGCGAAACAACUAACUGGCAUCAGCGAAACCAAAUACAAACAAUAUCUCAUGAAAGUGAUUGUGUCAAUUCUUAUAUCAAACAAUGUUGUACAGAUAAAAUGACAGUUCCGAAAAUUGUGCAUUACGUGUGGUAUGGGCUUAAAGUCAAAUUUGAUUUUUAUGGAUUUCUUAGUUUUAUAAGUGCUUUACGAUUCGUCCGUCCCUGCUUGAUAUUGAUCCAUGGAAAUAUUUUACCGCAAGGUUUAUAUUGGAAGUUUAUUAUAAAUAUAUAUCCAAAUAUAAUUCACGUUGAAAGACUUAUAGAAUCCAAUAAAAUAUUCGGAAAGAAAGUGAAACACAUCAAUAAUUUAAGUGAUGUUAUUCGUAUUGAAGCCUUGUUGAAGUAUGGAGGAAUAUAUUUAGAUAUGGACAUGGUACUUAUGAGGGAUGUUGACUUGUUACGACAGUAUCCAUGCACCAUGUCUUAUUUAAGACCACAUUUUCAUCUUGGUUCUUCGUAUAUAAUGGCAGAACGAAACUCCGAGUUUAUGCAAAAAUGGCUUGAUGGUUAUAAGUAUCACUAUAGAAACGAUUCCUACUCCUAUAGUGCUAUGCGAUACCCUUACAUGUUGGCUACAAAUUUCACAGAUUUAAUACACGUUGAAAAUGAGACAAUUUCAAGACCUUACAGUCUGCAUGGUGUUGCAAUAUUUAAACAUGGACUUCGUCCAUUUGAUUGGUCAAAACUUUACGGUGUUCAUCUUUACAGCAGAAAGAAUGAGGAAGCUUUGAACGAGAUGGUUAUAAGAGACCUAAAUACAACGUUUGGAGCUAUUGCUCGGCACAUAAUAUUUGGAAAUAAAGAACUAUGCUCUAAAUAAAAUCUACUAUAGGCAGUACCUGUAUAAAG